AUGUUUAGCUAAUUUCAGAAAAAAGUAUAAAAUUUGGAAGAUGGAAUAUUAGAAUAUGUAGCGAAAAGGCAAGCACAAAAUUUAAUUAAGACAGAAGAGAAGAGUGAAAAGCAGGAAAAAGGAUAUUUUGACAAGUUAAAGGAUAAGAUUUUCAAAGAUGAACAAAAUGAGUAGUAAUCAGAAAAUAAAAAUAAUAUUAUGAAUAAACUAAAAGAUAGAUUUGGGAUUAAUGAUAAAGAUAACAAUGAUGAUAAUAAAUAAAAAGAUAAUAAAAAAAUAUCAGAUCAAAUAAAAACUAUUUAAGCAGAGUAUUCAGUUAAAGCAAAGAAGUAUGCAAAUGACUUAGGAGAUUAGUUUAACAAAUUAUUUAAUAAGAAGAAGACAACUCCAAAUAAAAAUGAAAUAUAGAUAUAGGAAUAAGAAGAAUAAAAACACCCAGAUCAAUAAGAUAAAAACUUGAUUGCAAAUAAUGGAUGGAUUUUAGAUGAAAAUUUAAUGAAAAACAAUUAAAAUUAAAACAAUAUGAAUAGCCGCUCUCAAAAUGCACUUUAAAAUCAACAAAAUAAAAACAAUAGAAUAUUUCAUAAUAAGUAUGAUGACUAAGAAUAAGAAAGCUAGGAUGAAAUUUCUCCUUAUGGAUCAUUUAAUGAGUAAAAUGAUUAUAACGAGCAACAAGAUUUUACAAAUUAAAAUAAAUUCCUCAAUAAUCAUUAGCACAAUUAAAAUAUGAAUGCAAAUAGGUUUUAAAAAGAAGAAACAGAGUAUUAAUUUUAAAAAAGAUAAAUUACAGAAAAUUAAAUACCUCAAAGAGGAUUUUAAAAUAAUUAAAAUAAUAUUUCAGCAGGAUUUGAUAGAAAUUAUAAUGAGAAUCAAGGCAAUUAAAUUUAAUAGCAAAAGUUCACAAAAAGGAGAAUUUUUGAUGAUAUAAGCUAGGAUAAUGAUUCGUCAUUUUAGUAGCAAUAAAAUAGAAUGAAUAAUUAGUUUGAAUAUAAAUUAUAAAAUUAAUAAGUUAACUAAAAUAAUUUUGAAAAUUAAUUUAACAAUACUAAAGAUAAAAAUAAUAUCUUUUUUUAAAAUAAUGAAUAAAAUUAUAAUAAGUUUAGUAAAGAUAGAUUUGAAAACUCUCAAGAUUAAAUAAAUUCUUAUCCUCAUAAUGACUAUGAGGUUAGAUAAUUUGGAAUGGAGUAAAAUUAGAUGUAAAAUUAAUACAAUAACCAUCAGUUAUUUAAUAAAGAGGAUUAUUAGUUUCAAUAAUAGCCUUAAAGACGUAGAAUAUUUAAUAAUAUUGAUGAUAGUGAUUUAAAUAUGCAAAAUAAUUCCUUAAAUUACAACAAUAAUUUAAAUUAUCAAAAUAAUUAUUAUGGUUAAUAAAAUUAAUAAAAAUCUAUUCUUGAAUAAUCUAUUGUUUCCUCUUCAGCUUAAAAAGAAAACUUAAACGAAUUAGCUGAUGUUUACUUUACUAGCGAAUACGACUAUGAAAAAGUUUUAGAAUACGAAAUUAAUUUGCAUUUUGGAAGGACAUAUCCAGGUAUGAGUGCUUAUGAAAAAAAGAAUAUGGUAUUAGAUAACAUUGAAAAUGCUGUGUUUAGGAUUGAAAAACUUUAGAAUUAUGAUGAACUAGUUAAAGAAUAGAUAGGAGAAAAUGCUAUGCAAAAUUAACACACUCUUUAUAUGGGAACAGAAAUGAUCAAAGUUGUUGCAACAGUAACAGAUGAUACCUUAGGAAAAGUAUAGAAAGCUAAAAUAAAGCUGCAAAAUUACAAAAUAUUAUAUGCUUAGAGACUUAAGGAGAUUAAUAAGUUGGUAAAAAAGAAAAAAAGAGUUGAAUUUGUUAUUAAUUUCUUAUAAAAAUUUUAGCUUAAGUAUAGUAGCUUUAUUUAUUCAGCUAAGAUAUCAGUUUCUAUUAAUAAUAUCUAGCAGUUCGAAGAUCUAUUAGUCCUUUUGGACUCUUGCAAUCAGCAAUAUUUAUAGAGUUAAUAAUCAUAAAGUCUUAAAGUGCUAAAGUGUUUGAGUAAUGGAUAAAUUUAUAUUUCAGAUAAGCUCAACAAAAUAUAUUCUAUAUUAUAAUAAAUUUUAACAAACGAAUUGUUUUGUAGCUAUGAGCACAGUCCUAUUCUCAGAAUAAAUAGUUAGCCUUUUAAUUUGGAGAAGUAUAAAUACAUACUGAAAUCUUAUUUUAUUCUAGAGAAGCAGUUUUAGAUUGCAAUCCCUCUUUCAAAGAUGAUGGUGCAGUAUGUUAAAAAGGCCUUGGAUAUUUCAGUACUAAGAUCAUUUUAAAAUGCUUAGAGUUACAUAGAAAAGAGAAGUAAUCUGCAUGCUUCUUAAAGAUUUGAUGAUAAUUUCUAAAAAAAUUAAAAUAUUGUAAAUUUGAAUUAAUUAUAAUACAUGACAGGAGAACAGUAUGCUGAAUCUAUGAAGAGAAUAUUUCAUCAUAUCACUCUUUUGUUAUUCAAUUUAGAGUAAUGCUAGAGGUUCCACAGCUAAUUUUAGUCAAAUCAUAAUACUGGUACUAAUACUACAAGAGAAACAGAUUUUAUAGUCUAUUUGAAAUAACUUGACCAAGCUAUAUAAGGUAUGAAAAAGGAAGUAUCAGAAGCAGUUUUGAGUAAGGUUUAGAUUUUGAUUCUAAAUAUGAAUUUAGAAACAUACUCAAAUGCAGUUAUUGAUAAAAUUGUAGUGAUGAUUAGUUAAAUGAUGUUGAUUGUAAAAGAAUACGACAACGAUGCUAAUUUAUCAGACACUAUAUAAGUAUUUAAAAAGAUUUUAAUGUAAAAGCUGAAAUCCCAUGCUGAUUUAUAAAUCAAACAGCUAAGAAAAGCUAUUUUAAAAGAUAAUUGGUCGAGAAAUAAACUCCCUGAAUCUUAUUUAAAUAAUUUGUAUUUUAGUCUAUUAAGAAUAUAAUCUAAAAAUGAAAGAGAAGGUUCAAUAAUGCACGAUUAGAGCAAAAGAAUAUUUAAUCCCACUAUUUCUGUUAAAGCUUUUACUUCUUAGAAUAGAAUUCUACUCAACUACUCUUUUGAUCCUAUUUUUGCUGAGAUUAAUAACAAUUUUAAACCAUUUAAACAGAUUUCUAUGAAAGAUCCAGAUGAUCCUAUUGAUGACUUAGAUUAGACCUAAUUUAAUACAUUAUAGAGUAGCUAAAAUGCACUCUUUCAAAGAAAAGCUAAACCCACAAUAAAUUAGUAUGACAUAUUUUAAUAAGAUAAUAUUAGUAAUCCAGGAAUGAAAAUGUAUGAGUCUGUCAAACCUGAAGAGUAAGAUGAAGUGGGAUACUGUUGCUAAAGCGCAAUUCUUUUAAUAGAAUGUGUUCAUAGUUAUCUUUAAUUGAUGAAAUAUUUAACUCCAAUAGGAUAUGAAAUAUUUUUAGAAGUUCAAAAAAUCAUUGAAUUUUAUUUUUAUUCAAUAUUUGGGCUUUUUAUUGAUAAUUAAAGAUUUGAGGAACUUACAAAUACAAGUAUUGAUGUACACAGCAUGUCUAAUUCAAUUUAGAAUAUUGAAAAAUAGAUCAAUUAAUUAGCUCCUAUUCAUGAAAAUUUAUUAAAAUACCUUCCUUAUAAAGAAUUAAGAGCUAUGAUUGUAAGGUCAAUCGAUUACUUUGAAUGUGAUAAUGAAUAGAUAAAUACUUCUUCUAGUUAGUACAAUAAUAAUGAUAAAAUAUCUCAAAAAUAUUCACAGUAAGUAUAGUAAAAUUAAGUAAAUUAUGCAGAUUGUAACAGAGAUAUGAAUAUUUUCACCUUAAGUUGUGCUAACAAUAAUUACUAAAUCAAUAAUAUUAAUGAAAAUAAUUAAAUGUAAGGAAGUAUUCAUAAAAAGACUAAUAAUUCUUAAAUGUAUAGCUCAGUAGCAACAGAGAGUAGUAAUUUAAGAAGACAAAAGCUAAUGAUUUAAUUUGAUUUUUAGCAAAGAUUGUCUUCUGUGUAAAGUAUAUAUGCAUUGAACAAAUAUUUAUAACUUGUUAAAGGCCAAAUAAUUUCUCAUCUAAGCUUAAUUGAUUCUACAAGUUCAGUUUAAAAUUUUGUUGAAAAAAUAAUCAAUUAAGAAAUACAAAAUUAUUUAAAACAAAUGAAGAAUUUUAUUAUUCGUGAUUACUGUAGACAAUAAAUUGAAAAAGAAAAUAUUUUCUAAGAUUUUGGCUAAGUAAAUUGGAAACCAGGAGAUUAUACAAUAGAUACUUAAAAACCUUUAUAUAUUGAUAAUAGUCUUUAUUUCUUCAAAGAAUUUAAGUAAAAAUUAGAAAAAGACAAUAUCAGCUAUAAUUAAAGGUCAGCAAAUAAUUAAAAUAAUAACUAUUACUUAAGCCCCACAGUCUAAUUAGAUAUUUAUAGGAAUAUUCUAGAAUAGUGGACAUAAGAAUUCCUCAAAAAUGCAUCUAGCAUAAAAAAAUAUUCAGAAAAAGGAAGAUCUAAAUUACUAAACCAUUAUUUGAUAUUUUUAAAAGAGAUAAACUAAAUAUUACCAGUGGGCCAUUUAAAGAUUUAAAAUGAUGUCCUUGAAAGAUAUAUUAAAAUAUGGAAUACCACAUCUGCUUAAGAGUUACUUGAAUUUAUUUUAUAAUAGAAAACAUAAAUUCCAUUAACUUACUUAAAUUCAAUAAUUUCAUCUAAUGACAAACUUACUUUCAUGCUGCAUAACUAAAAAUAAUACGAACCUUUAAAUACAGCUAUUUACAAAUCAUUCUUAUAAUUUAUAUUAGAAAACUAUUGA